AUGAAAGCCGUUGUUACCAAAAGCCCGAAACAGGCAGUCCUCGUCUCAGACCGACCUAUUCCCAAGCUUCGGGAUGGCUAUAUUCUCGUAAAGACCACUGCUGUGGCUCUGAACCCUACGGAUUGGAAGGGGUACACUUCCAACUCUAUCGAAGACGGCGCUCUAGUGGGAGUUGACUACUCCGGCAUCGUCGAGGAAGUUGGUCCCAAUGUAUCCAAGCCCUUUGAGAAAGGUGACCACGUCGCCGGGUUUGUGCAUGGCUGCAAUAUCUCACAGUUGGAGGAUGGCGCCUUUGCCGAGUAUAUUGUCGCCAAAGAGAGUAUGUCGACUAAGGUCCCGGACAGUUUAACGACGGAGCAGGCUGCCACCUUGGGCUGCGGUGUUUCUACUGUAGGCCAGGGAUUGUAUGAGCCGGGCUACGGACUCGAGCUGGCUUUGCCUUCAAACCCAAUCAAGACGCCUGAGCCUCUGCUCAUCUACGGCGGAAGUACGGCAACUGGGACCUUGGGCAUUCAGUUUGCCGGGGCCUCGGGAUACUCUGUUAUCACUACAUGCUCGCCCAAAAACUUUGAACUUGUGAAAAGCCUCGGCGCCGUGGAAGUUUUCGACUACAACGACCCGGAGUGCGGCAAAAAGAUCAAGGAAUACACCAAGAACGGACUGAAAUACGCCUGGGACUGUGUCAGCACUCCCGAAGCCGCCGAAAUCUGCGCUCAAGCUCUCACGUCUGAGCCAGGCGCUCGGUACGGAACGAUUCUAGGACCCAAAUUCCCUCGUGACGAUGUCACAUACACUGCCACUCUGGCUUACCGCGGCACUGGCGAGGAUUUUACCAAGGGCGGCAAGCUUUUUACCGACAACCAAAAACAUGCCGAUUUCCAGAUAAAGUGGUGGGACAUAGCACGAACCCUGCUUGCAGCUGGCAGAGUUCGGCCUCAUCCUCUACUAAAUCCCGUAGAGAGGGUCGCAUCACAACCUGAAAACCCGUUUUCUCAACUCAUCACCAAUCAAGAAAUCGCGAUUGUCCCAUCUUUCACUCUUGAAUCAGGAGUUACUCUAUACAAUGUACCCAUUGCAUAUACCAGUCGCGGGAAUUUGUCUCCAAAGGGGGAUAAUGCUCUGGUUAUUUGCCAUGCAUUGAGCGGCAGCGCUGAUGUCGCUGACUGGUGGGGACCUCUUCUGGGAGGCCCAGGCCAAGCGUUUGAUGUUACACGGUUUUUUGUCAUCUGUUUGAACAGUCUCGGCAGUCCUUAUGGUAGUGCUAGCGCUGUGACUGAUAAAGACGGAGACCCUACCAAAGGUCGAUAUGGGCCCGAAUUCCCAUUGACAACGGUCCGCGACGAUGUGAGAAUCCACAGAUUGGUUCUGGACGAUCUGGGUGUCACGCAGAUUGCUGCCGUUGUCGGAGGCUCAAUGGGAGGGAUGCUGACGCUUGAAUAUGCCUACUUUGGAAAGGAGUAUGUACGCGCUAUUGUGCCAAUAGCAACAUCUGCGCGUCACUCUGCGUGGUGCAUUAGCUGGGGUGAAGCCCAGCGGCAGUCUAUCUAUAGCGACCCCAAGUACGAAGAUGGCUACUAUACAUUUGACGAUCCUCCCGCCACAGGUCUUGGUGCGGCUCGCAUGUCAGCUCUUUUGACCUAUCGAAGCCGCAAUUCUUUUGAAUCACGAUUUGGCAGAAAUGUUCCUGAUCCGUCCAAGAGACAGAACAUUAACGGUGCCAUCAAGCCACCGUCCCCUCCUUCGAACGAGCAUUGGGUUGUCCACAAUGAUGGUCAUAAGAGCACCCGUUCUUCCCAGCCUCCCAGCCAGUGCAACUCGCCGAACCCUACUGAAAACAAUGCCGAAAUCGAAUUUACAGACCCCCAGUUUAAUGGUACCACUACGUUUACUAAGCGUGUUCGCCCGACGACCUAUUUUUCUGCACAGUCCUAUCUUCGGUACCAGGGAGAAAAGUUCGUGACCAGGUUUGAUAGUAAUUGCUAUAUUGCAAUUACUCGCAAGCUCGACACGCAUGACAUUUCUCGUCACCGAGCAAGUCCCGACUCGGCCACCCCUGUUCAAGACGCAUUGGCGCAAAUCGAACAGCCUGCCUUGGUCAUGGGUAUCGAGAGUGAUGGUUUAUUCACGUUUGAGGAGCAGAAGGAAGUCGCCGCUGGCAUCUCAGAUUCGCGUCUAAAGACCAUCGACAGCCCUGAAGGCCACGAUGCGUUCCUCCUCCAGUUUGAACAGGUCAAUCGCUACAUACUAGAGUUUUUCCGCGAAGUUCUACCAGACAUCAUGUCAACUCCCGAUGCCGACGGCGCUGCUGUCCCUGACGGUGUUGGCCAAAUAACGAAGAAUAGUACCUUUGGAGAAGCAGAGGUCGAGGACAUCACUGCGUGGUAG